CUCCUUGGAACUUCAAAAAGAACGUCAUCCCCUUCAUACAUUUAACUUAGCAUUAGCCACAGCUAGCCGACCGCCCUUAAACGCAUUUCCACCGCACAGAAACAAGUAUGUUUCUCGUCAGUCAAUUUACUGUGCCUACCAUGACGUUGGGAGCCUUUCCCCGAUGCGGAGACGCGUCGAGAGGGAAGUUAGUCGUGUGAAAGGCAGACUGGCUUCACAAGGACCGCUAGCUACCUAGCUGAUGGACGGAAAGAGGCUAAUGUUUAAAGAAGCGAUAAGCCUAUCACAACAAGCCCGGCAGGCUCCUUAAACACAACCUACCUCUGAAGACACAACAAGGACCUAAAUAAGACAGCUCAUCUCCUACAAAAGCAACCGUGGGUCCCUGCAGACCAGAGCCAUGGGUGCCUUCCUGGACAAGCCCAAGACAGAGAAGCACAACUCCCACGGUGAAGGAAAUGGCAUCCGCUACGGGCUGAGCUCCAUGCAAGGCUGGCGAGUGGAGAUGGAAGAUGCUCAUACUGCCGCGUUGGGAUUGCCGGCUCCCGGCAUGACGGACUGGUCGUUUUUUGCAGUCUACGACGGCCACGCGGGCUCAAAAGUUGCCAAUUACUGCUCAAAGCACCUUCUGGAACACAUAAUCGGCGCCAGUUUAGGGCCCGGAGGGCAGCAGAGCUUGCUGGCUGGUUCAGAGGGCACCACCAACGACGCCCCAGCAGUUGUUGCCCCCACAGUAGAGGCGGUGAAAGCGGGGAUCAGGACAGGCUUCCUGAGGAUAGAUGAACACAUGCGCAGCUUCUCCGACCUGCGAAACGGCAUGGACCGAAGUGGCUCCACAGCCGUGGGCAUCCUCCUGUCGCCCCAGCAUUUCUUUUUUAUGAACUGUGGCGACUCUCGGGCCGUUUUGUACCGAAACUCCCAAGUGUGCUUCUCCACGCAUGACCACAAGCCUUGCAACCCGCGCGAGAGAGAGCGCAUCCAGAAUGCCGGCGGCUCGGUGAUGAUCCAGCGGGUGAACGGCUCGCUGGCUGUCUCCAGGGCCUUGGGGGACUACGACUACAAGUGUGUCGUCGGCAAAGGCCCCACUGAGCAGCUGGUGAGCCCCGAGCCGGAAGUGAACGAGAUGGUCCGGACCCCUGAGCAGGACCAGUUUGUGAUACUGGCGUGCGAUGGGAUCUGGGAUGUCAUGUCCAAUGAGGAUCUGUGCGAAUUUGUGAAAUCGAGGCUCGAGGUCUCGGACGACCUGGAGAGAGUCUGCAAUGAAGUGGUGGACACCUGCCUGCACAAGGGUAGUCGUGAUAACAUGAGUGUUGUGUUAGUGUGUUUGCCCAACACUCCCAAAGUGUCAGAGGAGGCGGUGAGGAGGGAUGCCGAGCUCAACCAGUACCUGGAGUCCCGAGUGGAAGAGAUGCUCUCCCGGCCGGCCAACGAGGGUGUUCCCGACCUGGUCACGGUGAUGCGGAACCUGUCCGUAGACAGCAACAUGCCCUCUCUGCCACCAGGGGGCGGCCUCGCCAGCAAACGCAGCGUGAUUGAAGCAGUGUACAACCAACUAAGUCCAUACAGAGAGGAAGAAGGGGUCAGUACGAUGCUAUCAAAGCUUUUGUCAAGUCUGCACCUCACGUUUAGACGACAUCCCUAGCUUUGCUAUUUCACUCUGAAAGGCGGCCAUAUUUGUGUGUCAGUGACGUGCAGUCAGGGGAGGCAAAGGAGGCGGAGCCUCACCUGUCAUCAUGAAAAAUAUACCGAAUCAUGAUAACAGAGAAGAGGUGGGGGGCUGCUGGGAUCUGUCUGUAGAGAGGAAAAGGUACCAACUUAAUGGGCGACAUGUAUUAACAUUAAAAAAGAGUCGGCGCCUCACCAGCCAUGAACCUUACGCACGUCACUGCUGUGUGCGCACGCACACUCAAAACGGCUAGGUCAGCAUCCCUGUUGUUAAUGUCAGUGUUGUAUUGUAUAAAAUUUCUUUUUGCUAUUUUUUGCUGCUAGGUCACUUUUUUUCCAAUGAGAUCAUUGCACAACUCAAUGUUCCCGUAGCAUAUAGGGACUAGUUUGCUUCCAUUCCCCACCCUUUCCACACACCCACUUUCAGAGUUACAAGAGAAGGAAUUUGGGCACCUACAGUAUGUCCAGGCCAAAAUUCUACUAAGUUGCUUUUAAAGUAAGGGUUCACAUUACACCUCCCUGGUAAGGCUUGGUAAAAUUACCUUCAGCAUAAUCAAUCACUGUUCAUAGUAUGCUUUAUUUAUUUUAUUAUGGAGAGUAUCUGCUGAAGGACAUAUUGGGUGUCUACACUCACAGGUUGAGCUUGCAUCAUUAAUGAUAUCUAUCCAUACAUCCAUUUUCUUUGCCGCUUGUUCUCAUUAGGAUCAUGGGUGAGCUGGUUCCUAUCCCAACUGACUUUCUAGGCGGGGUACACCUUGGACAGGUCCACAGUCAGUUACAGGGCACACAUACACAAACAACCAUGCACACCGAUGGACAGGUUAGAGCAGGGGUGUCCAAACAUGGGCCACACACGUCGGGGAAAAAAAAAACGCAUCUCAGCUCUGCGAUAUACAGUCGAUGAAAAACCUUAUAAGUAUGGUCUUUGCUCUUAAAAUACAGUCGUAGUAUGGUGUCCUCACUUUAUCGUGCUUUUUAAAUGGGGUACAUAUGGUCUAUUAUUAUAAUAGGCCAUUAUUUAAUUAUUAUUAUUAGUAGUAAAUUUUAAAUUAUUAGCAUAUAUUAAAAAUUUUACCUUUUCUUGCCCUAAAUUAAGUAUUUUCAAACAUAAAAAUGGCUAAAUGAAGUAACUAAAUAAACUGAAUAUAUAAAUACAAGGGAGAAGCAGCGUUCCCUUGUUUUUCAUGUAGUAUUCUUCAUUGGCCACUAGGUGUGGGUGUUUGGUGAGACGGGCACAAUAGUGAUAACUUCAUAAUAAUAAUAAUACCGCUACUGUUGGGAUCUUAACUCACAACAAGCUAAAACUCAACUCUGAACCUCCGACAUCACUUCCUGUCCUCUACACAUCUGUCUGCUCGCCACUAAGGUCCACCAGGGAACACACACUGUUACACACAUAAACAAGGGUUUUAUUUACAUCUUAAAUGGCUAAUUUACUCUUAUUAUUAUUGGGUGAUAAUAUUGGGACCAAUUUACCGUAAUAAACGAGUCCGUACAUAGCCACGAAACAUCGUAACAUAUAAUAAUAAUAAC